GGCCCGGAGGUGCCGUGGGCCAGACCGGGUCCAGACGACACAGAAGGCGCGUGACGUCUGUUGUGUGAGCGCUUUGGAUCAUCGCGCUUGCCAGCUGCACCCACGGCUUGCCCAAUCUCCCCGAUGCCUAUACGGAGUUGGAUGAUCCAUUUGAGCAACGGCUGCGGUUCGAGGAGCAGGUUCGGCAGAAGGAGCAGGACGUCGACGAGGCGCAGGGGAUCACUGAGAUGUUCAUUGACGCUCUAGAGCAUGGCCUCCCACUGACCGGCGGGUGGGGUGCUGGUAUCGACCGUCUAAUGAUGCUUCUGAUCGACUGUGCUGACUUUGAAAGAUUCUUGUUGUUCCCAGCGAUGAAGCCGAUUCAGACAGUGGGGCCAGCGCCACGGGUCCCGUUGGGCCCUUCUAGACGGGCUCAUCUCGGUCUUCUCGCGCACGACGGGCGACCGGGAGGCGACGAGCUUCUCUGGUCUGAGGGCACCUCUCUCCUCGUAGUCCUCUAGGAUGACCUCCACAUUACUUUUCGCUCACGGAUGGCGCAAUUCUCCUCCCUUGAGAUCCACGUCAACUGAUGAGACGUUUGUUGACGCUCUGGAGCGUGGUCUCCCGCCGACGGGCGGGUGUCGGCCGCCUGGGGAUGUUUCUAGCCGACUUAGCCAGUACAUCCGCCUCUUCAUGCUGGAGGAGCCCUAUCUAUCAAAUGCUAUAGCCUCCAAAUCACCACCGACUCACAUCCAUGCUUCACUCCGCGUUGUUGACCUUCGCGGCUGGGCAAGAUUUUGUUGCGACAAAUUCAAAAAAUAGCGAAGGCCACGGCAUGCGCGCGCUUGCUGGCCAAUUCGAGAUACCCAUGGACGGCGUCAACGGAGUUUGAGGGCUCACAGUCUGGACAGAACUUCCAAGAUUGCCACGAGAUGUCGUCCGUUAUCGCAACUUGAUUGUUGGCGGGCCCCCUCUCAUCGACAAUUCCGUCGUCGUCGUUCGAUUGUUUACCUUGUGAGACGUACCUGCAAUAUCUGUGCGUCCCCACGGCGAGGGUAGGAAGGUGUAGAUCAUUGAGGUCGAACAAGAUGUCAAGGACCGAGGAGACUUUGUCGCGCAAUACGAGCACUGCCUUCGCGGCGAUAUCGUCGGUAUCAUCGGAACCUCGGGACGCACCACGAAGGACGAGCUCUCGGUCAUUCCCUCAGAAACGAUCUUUCUCGCAUCAUACCUACGCCAGCUACCAUCGGGCGCUUUGGGCUCACGGGUCGGGAAAGAUGCUACCAGAAGCGCUGUCCGGGCCUCGUCCUCACGAGCACGCAAGGCGCUCCUUCGUCGCUUGAAGUCGCAUGUCCAGCUAUAUUCGCCGGUUCUUCGACAACCUUAGCUUCAAGUUCCCGAGGUCGGAAUGCUGAUAACGAGCAUGGUCACCGGUAACGCGACCGCGAAGUCGUUCAUCGUGCACCACAACGGUCUCUACCUCCGUGCCGCCCACGAGCUGUAUCUGAAGCAGGUCGUCAUUGGCGGUCCGAACCGAGUGUACGAGAUCGGGCGUCUGCUCCGCAACGCGGGCAUAGACCUGACGUACAACCCUGGAUUUGCGACCUGCGAGUGCCACGCGGCGUGCGCGGACAUGUACGACAUCAUGGACACCACCGAGAGCCUGAUUGAGGUCUCAUCAGGUACCUCACUGGUGGGAAGACGACGGCGACGUUCCACCCAGAGAGCAAGGACGGCGAGGAGGUGUACGAGCUGGAAUUGAAGUGGCCAUGGGCGCGGUACGACACCAUGUAGAAGCUUGGGGCGAAGAUUCUGGCGGGAAGACUGCACACGGAAGAGGCGAACAAAUUCCUGCGUGAGCUGUACUGGAAGUGUAAUGUGGAAAGUAGCGCGCCUCGCACAAAUACGCGCUCGUUUGAUAAGCUCGUUGGUGAGCUCACUGAGCUUGUACAUCUCUCUCGCCUUUAUCGUCUGUCAUUCACAGGUGAUGGCACCGCUCGCCAAGUACCAUCGGUCGCGACGAGGUUUUUGCGAAUAUUUCGAGGGCUUCAUAUGCGGCAAGAGUCCUGGAAUACAUACACCGAGUCAAACUAUUCUGUUCGAGCUACGGCUGCGGUUCGAGAGGCGCGGGUGAGGUAGAAGGAGCAGGGCGACGACAAAUAUCGAUGAGAGAUUCGAGAGGCGCUCUGGAGCGCGGUCUCCCCUCGAUGGGCGGUCGAGAUAUCCGUAUCGACAUAGUGUGCUCUUGACUGGCUCUGUCGGCACAUGUGCCUCUCACGCUUGAAGCACUUUACUUAAGGAGCGCGACAUCAGGCGGGCUGCUCGCGUCGCUUCCAUCUCACUCGUCUUCAUGUCGGAACCUGUAACUUGUUGAAUAUGAAUUUAA